AUGGAUACCAAAAUCAAGCUCAUUCCUAACCCCCAGUACCAGAAGUCCGGCACCAAGUCGUAUGUCCACCUCAUGCGCAAGUACCGCUUCUCGCCGACAAAAGGGGGGCGAUACUUCUAUGGCGGCCAUCUCCAGCAAAGUGGGCGGCAAUACACCACCAAGCCCAUUGGAGGUAAAGCCCGCAUCCAGCGCGUUCUAAGAAAGAAAGUCGCAGAUACAGAUGAAAUUGGCGAAGUCGGCGCCGACGAUGUCCAGAAUGACUCGAUGUACCUGGCCCCUGUGAGCAUCGGAACGCCCGCGCAGACGGUGAAUUUGGAUUUCGACACAGGAUCGGCGGACCUAUGGGUCUGGUCGAGCGGACUCCCGUCGGAAAUUAUCUCCCAGCACAAGUCCGGCACAGUCUUUGACCCAAGCAAGUCAAGCUCAUUCAAAGAGCAGUCGGAUUCCACAUGGAAGAUUUCGUAUGGUGAUGGAUCAUCUGUCUCUGGUACAGUGGGUACCGGCUUGAUUUCGCUCGGUGGCUUAAAAGUCGACAACCAGGCAAUCGAACUGGCCGACACCCUAUCGACCCAGUUCCAGCAGGGCGACGGAGUAUUGGGUUUGGCAUUUAGCAGUACCAACAAUGUUAAAACCCUUGUCGAGAAUAUGAUCGCCCAAGAUACCCCAAAGUCUGCCCAACUGUUCACCGCGAACUUGGGAUCCUGGAAAGACGCAGAUGGGCCAGAUAAGAGAGGUCCGUUUUACACGUUCGGGUUCAUUGACCAGGAUACAGUGGACGCCACUGGAGAGGAGGUAUAUUACACGCCCAUCGACAAGAAUCAAGGAUUCUGGCUGUUCGACUCUACUUUAGCGACUGUAAACGGAAGGACAAUAACAAGAUCAGGAAAUAAGGCCAUUGCUGAUACGGGGUCGGCUUUAACACUCGUCGACGAUGACACGUGCAAGGCAAUAUAUGAUGCCAUCCCCGGAGCAGAGUACGACCAUGAUAGCCAAGGCUAUAUUUACCCAUCCGACACAACAGAGGACAAACUACCUGUCGUCUCACUUGCAGUGGGAGAAAAACAGUUCGUCGUGCAAAAGCAGGAUCUGGGCUUCGCCGAGGCCAAGUCCGGUUAUGUCUAUGGAGGCAUCCAGAGCAGGGGUACCAUGUCGAUGGAUAUCCUUGGGUAUACGUUCCUCAAGGGAAUAUAUGCUAUAUUUGAUAUUGGCAACCUGCAAUUCGGGGCUGUACAGCAGAAGGAGUUGCGGCAGGGCCUGGCUGUUUCUCAGUAA